AUGGAAAGAAUCUUUUACAGCACAGAUGUUCGUGAUCCAAUCACCAACUAUCCACUCUAUAUUUUUGACACGUCUUAUUUACCACCUACAGAUGUCAUCGACUAUAAUGAACUCAUUUCUACCCUAUUACAGCGUCUACCACUGAAACCAUACGUUCUUGUGAUGUUCUCAAGCGGUCUAAAUAAAAUCAGCUGGGUUUGGGGUUUAAAGUUCAUCAAAACUUUUAUGCUGAUUGAUAAUGACAGCGGGUACAAUUUGAAAAAUUUGGUCAAGAUCUUUUUGGUUCAUGACAGUUGGUUUAUCAAAUCCAUAACAUCUGUAUUGCAUAAUUACAAUUAUACAAAGAAGAACUUGGUUAACUUAAAUAAGCUUUUGGAUACAUUUGUGUUGGAUCCUACAACGCAGGUAAAGCAGUCAAUUCAGUCAACCCAACUUGCUGAAUCAGCAGGACUCAUUGGGUCCGCUAAUGUGGCUGUAUCAAUGCCAGCUUCAAUGCCAGUUUCAAUAUCAGAGUCUAAUGGAGGAAGCAACCGACAGACCAUUGUAAUUCAUUGUUCAAAGUUAAGCCAAUUAAGCGAAUACCUUGAUAUCACUAAAUUGAAGAUCUCACUCAACAUAUAUAAAUACAAUAUGCAAUUGGAAGAAUCUAUCCAGCUCUCAAUGAAGGUGACUCCCAUCAUCAACCCAUAUGUGACAUUAUCACCUCAAAGUCAUACUUUAUUUUAUCACCACUUGUAUCAAAUUUUCAACAUUAUCAAUUCUAAUUGCUACAAACUCGAAUUUGUAUUUUACAAACCUGGUAAAAAGGCAAACAUUGCAAUCUUGUACGACUGUCUUUGCAGAAACCAAGUCAUUUGGAUCAAUGACUGGGACUUGUACAGCAUCACAACGGUUUUCAAACGCAUCUUACUGGAGCUUCCUCAUCCACUACUACCUUGGGAGCAGUUAAGAUUACCCCUUGGGGAUGAUCUAGAAUAUACUAAAAAUGCUCUUUUAAAAAUAACAGAAAGUCACAAACAUUCUCUGCAAACGGAAAAUUAUGAUCAAUUCUUAAUUCAGUUUUUCGACUGCUUGCAUCUGCUUUUGGUAUAUCGAGAAACAUCAAAGCAUACACCAGCCACCAUUUCUAAAAGCGUUGUUUAUUGCUUAUCGCACAAAGCUUCGUCAGAUGUAAAAGAAACACAGAUUCUUCAGCAGUUUAUUGAAAAUGUUAUGAAUCACUGGCAACAACUCAAAGAUUUUUUUGACUAUCCAUCUGUUGAGCAAAUAAUUUAUGAAAACGAGCAGGACUCCAACAGUAACAACGACAGCAGCAAUUCGAAAGAAAAUGCUUAUGACACAACAUAUGAAAUGACUUUUGAAGAUGAAAGCAAUGACGAUGAGACAAGAAUUGCUUUCAAUACUAAUACGAUAUUAAAAGAAGACUCUAGCUUAAGGGUCGAAGAAAACAGAGAGGAAACGGAUGUUAUCCCAAACAAUAACGCGUCAAUAUUCACCAAAGAUUUGACUCUGGAUCAAACGACACAACAUCCUAACAGGCAUGAUUCAAGGACUGCACACAAUUAUAAUGAUGAAGAUGUCUACCAGCCACCAUUACCUGAAAGAAGGUCUCGCAGUACUUCACCAAGCAAAAAGCCCCCAGUGCCCAAGAGGAGACUCGCCAAAGAUCCCGACCCUAUGUCUUUGCCGCCACUAGCACCACCAGUAGCACCGCAACUACCUGCUAGGAGAGAAUCCGAGGCGGAGUCAGCUACGUCUUCUAUCAGUACUACUCUGCUACCUCCUAUACCUCGGAAGCAAAGAGAACGAAGCUUGUCUCCAAAAAAGACGGAAUCACCACGUAUUGCGCAGGCAGAAUUUGCUAACGAGGGGAAUAACCACAACAAAACAAAGGUUACAGGUUCGCAUGUAAAAGAUGAUCUGUCAUUUUUGAAUAAGAAACCAGUUGGCGAAGACGAGAAAGUGGAGAAACAAGAAGAUCAGAAACAACAGCAGCUUAAAGUGAAUUCUUCAGACUCAUCAAAUGAUGAAAAUUCAAUGAUAUUACCAAGUAUGGACAAAAAUGAAAGAUCUUCAAAAGCUUCUACUGCAGAGCCUGCGUCUAACAAUAAUACCUUUGACUCACUUGGAAAGGAAAACAUCCAUAUAUCUACAAAUAUUCUUAAGUCUAAAGAUACAUUGACAUCUACAUCUGCAUCCAUAUCAGCAUCAUUGAGUAAAUCACAAAAAGCUACUACAAACCAAACAUUGUCAAACGAAUCAAAUUUGCAAUUGCAAUUCCCACCACAGAAAUACCAUUUUACCACCACAGCUGCAUCAAAGAAUUUACAAUCCAAAUCUAAUUUCAACAUUAAGCCUAUCGCAGGCAAUUCACCAAACGAACAGAGUGAUGCUCAUUGCAAUUCACAAGAGAACGAAUCAUCUGGUGUGACCGUUAAAAAGCCAGUGAUUCGUGGUCGUAAAGUGUCACAAUUGGCCAAGCUUUUCGAAGAGAGAUGCGAAGGUAUGCAAAUUUUACAAAGCAUGUAG